AUAAGAUUAUAAUAAGUAUGGAGGCGACUGCUUGUGCAGAUGAAUAUGAACACAUUACACUUGAUGUUAUGUAUGUAGUACAUAAUAUACCAGGUCCUGGAAUAAACUUGGAGGAAUUUGAAUCAGAAUAUUCACUAGGUUGUUCAUGUACAAUUCGGUGCUUCGAUUGUUCAUGUACACGUGGUUCCCCGAAUUAUAUCGAUGGUCGAAUACUAGACGAAAAAUUAUCAGUGCCAAUAAUUGAAUGCAAUUCUCAUUGUACUUGUAGAGAAAAUUGUGACAAUAGAGUGGUACAGAAUGGUCCACUGAACAGUUUAAUUGUAUCAGAAAUUGAUGGAAAAGGACACGGUUUAUUUACAAGUAAACCCAUUAAGAAAGGUCAAUUUAUUUGUGAAUAUGCUGGAGAAGUGGUAAGUAUGGAAGAAGCAAGACGUAGAAUUGAGACGAAUAAAAAUACCAUGAAUUAUGUUCUUGUGGUUUCUGAACAUAUUGGAAAUCAAGUAAUAGUGACUUGUAUAGAUCCAAAAUAUUUUGGUAAUAUCGGAAGAUACGCUAAUCAUAGUUGCGAGCCAAACGUUAAUCUUGUACCUAUAAGAAUCGAAGGUCCAGUACCUCGAUUAUGUUUGUUCGCAUCUAGAGAUAUAGAAAUUGAUGAGGAAAUAACAUUUAAUUAUGCUGGCGGAGUUCCUAAUUUUGUCCAUAAACUCAGUCAUACACCUUGUCUUUGUAAUUCCAACAAAUGUUGUGGCUAUUUACCACAUAAUACUAUUUGA